GUCGUUUCCGUUGUUCCUGCAUCUUUCCCCAAAAGUAAAUUCUCAUUUCCAACAUGGCAUCAGCAGACCAACUUAUCGGAGCCCUGGAGGGCCUCGACGCGGACUCCUUCGUUAACGAAGCAGAGCGCGUCCGUGCCAUGGAUGCGCUGACCCUGGCCUUAAGCAAAGUACAUAAGCCGUGGGACAUUGUUUGGCAGCACUGUUGGGUCAACCCGGCCACCAAUGCAUGCGUCAAGACGUUGAUUGAUGCGGGUGUCUUCAGCAAAUGGAUCGAGAUCGGAGGCGGAGAGAAGACUUGCGCUGAACUGGCCGAGUUAACGGGGGCCGAUGUAGUGCUUAUUCGACGCAUGAUUCGGCAAAUUUCUGGGCAGAAUCUCGCCAUCGAGACCGCCGAGGACACCUAUAAGCCUACACCAUGGGUACGUGCUCUAGCUGAGGAUCAGGCCCUCGCCAACGUUUAUGGUGAACUUUAUGGCUUCGUCAAUUCCCCCAUGUUCAGAACUUUGCCAGACUACCUCAAGAAGACGGGAUACAAGGUCCCUACUAACCCCAACGACUGCAACUGGCAGUUCAUGAGAGGCUCAAAUGAAAAUUUGUUCCAGUCCCUUAGCGCGAACCCUGCCGCCGCAAGGGAAUUCAAUGAUGCCAUGGAGAGUCACUCCAAGCAUAACCUGACGCCCUGGGUUGAUGUUUACCCAACUGAGACUCUUGUGAAAGAGUCCAAGCCUGACCGGGCCCUUGUCGUCGAUGUCGGUGGUAGCAAGGGCCACGACCUGACCAAAUUCCAUCUGCGCCACCCUGAUAUCCCUCAGGGCAGUCUGGUGCUCCAAGACCUGCCCGAUAUUCUCAAGGAGUUGACUAUUGAUGACACCAUCUCCAUCCACCCUCAUGACUUUUUUGAACCACAGCCCGUCAAAGGUGCCCGUGCCUACUUCAUGCACAACGUGCUGCACGACUGGGAAGACACACAGGCGAAGCAGAUCCUUUCUCACCUUGCCGAAGCUAUGGAACCCGGAUACUCGAAGCUUCUCAUUCACGAAAGCUUGGUUAGCUCUGUGAAGCCGCUCGCUCGUGUGACAACGUCCGAUAUCACCAUGAUGGCGUGCCUUGGUGCGAAGGAGAGGACGGAGGCUGAGUGGAAGGCGCUGGUUGAGAGUGCGGGAUUAAAGGUGCUUAACAUCUGGAGGCCACCUCACUCUGUGGAAAGUCUUAUUGAGGCAGAGCUAGCUUGAAUUCCAGAACGUACCGUUGUAUAUGUAUCGCACGGUUGGGCGAGGGUAUUGUAGACGGAAUAGCUAGAAGAGAGUGUAUGUGUUUUAUUGUUUGUAACCUCCUAGCUGAGCUUAUAUAAAGGUCAUCGCACGGCGUUAUUAGUAAC